GAGAGGCGGGGCUGAGCCGUCUCAGGGUAGCGGGACUCCAGCGCUGGGGCACUGCUCCCCGGGCCGGUCAUGAACGGGCCGGCGGACGGCGAAGUGGACUACAAGAAGAAAUACCGGAACCUGAAGCGGAAGCUCAAGUUCCUCAUCUAUGAACACGAGUGCUUUCAGGAGGAACUGAGGAAGGCACAGAGGAAAUUGCUGAAGGUGUCCCGGGACAAGAGUUUCCUUCUAGAUCGUCUUCUGCAGUACGAGAACGUGGAUGAAGACUCUUCUGACUCAGAUGCCACUGCAUCUUCAGAUAACAGUGAGACAGAGGGGACACCCAAGUUGUCGGACACGCCAGCCCCCAAGAGGAAGAGAAGCCCUCCGAUGGGGGGUACCCCCUCUCCCUCCAGCCUCUCUCUGCCUCCUUCAACAGGGUUUCCCCUUCAAGCCUCCGGGGCCCCCUCCCCAUACCUGAGCUCGCUGGCUUCCCCUCCCUACCCCCCAUUCCCUUCUGACUACCUGGCCCUGCAGCUGCCCGAGCCCAGCCCCCUGAGGCCCAAGCGGGAGAAACGGCCCCGCCUGCCCCGGAAACUCAAGAUGGCGGUGGGACCCCCUGACUGCCCUGUGGGAGGGCCGCUGACCUUCCCCAGCCGGGGUUCUGGGGCUGGGGUGGGGGCAGCCCUGGCCCCACUGCCACCCCCUAAGAUGCCCCCCCCCACAAUCCUGAGCGCAGUCCCUCGGCAGAUGUUCAGCGAUGCAGGCAGCGGGGACGAUGCCUUGGACGGAGAUGACGACCUGGUUAUCGACAUCCCGGAAUGACUCCUCUGCCCUGUCCCCUGUCCAGCACCUUGUGCCAGCACACAUGAGCCCCAGCUUCCACAGAGACAUUUAUUGACGCCCAGUUGCCAUGCUGCGGCCACUGACACAAUCAGAAAAGGUGUAAACAUGCACAAAUGUCCCCUGGAAGGUGGGCCCUCACACCUUGGCCCCAUCCUGAGGACAGUUAUUUAAAUAAGUGAUUGGGUUCACCUGCCACCUCUCGGAGAGGCAGAGACCCUGCGGUCCCCGCCCCCUUCCAUUUAACUGUACAGGGCUAGAUGUUUUGUUUCGUUUAAAUGAAGAUUCUGUAUUACAGGAGUGGCUCU